AUGGCCGACCCAAUUGAGCACCACGAUAUCCUAGUUCUGGGCGCCGGCCUCUCGGGCAUCAACACCGGUCGCGUCCUCCGCCAGCAGCUUCCCCACCGCUCCUUCACCAUCCUCGAGGCUCAGGAGGCCGUCGGCGGCACAUGGCGCUUCUUCCGCUACCCCGGGUUCCGAUCCGACUCGUUCAUGACCUCGUUCGGAUUCUCAUGGCAUCAAUGGAAGCACAGGCACAAGAUGGCUCAGGCCGGAGAGAUUGUUGAAUAUCUGGAGGAGGCUGUCGAUGCUGCUGGCCUGAGGGACAAGAUUCGCUUCCGUCACAAGAUGGUGGGGUGUGAGUGGAGGACAGAUGAGCAACAGUGGAGGGUCGAGGUUGAUGUUGAGGGCGAGCGCAAGGUGUUUUCUGCCAACUUUGUCAUCAGCUGCGUGGGAUACUACUCGUAUGACAAGGCAAUGGAGGCUACGAUCCCUGGCAUCGAGGACUUUGGUGGACAGGUUGUACACCCCCAAUGGUGGCCUGAGGAUCUCGACUAUUCCAACAAGCGUGUUGUAGUUAUUGGAUCAGGGGCAACCGCCAUCACAAUUGUCCCUUCGCUCGCUGAGAAGGCGAGCAUGGUCACCAUGCUCCAGCGCAGUCCAUCCUUUGUCGUAUCCCGGACCACCACCUCAGGCGCCGACAACUUCCUGAGACGCUAUUUCCCUUCAGUGCUGGCGUACUGGUUCAUCUACUGGAAAGAUGUGGUUUGGGAGCUCUUCAUCACCCAGGUGAUGCUCAACUUCCCAGACAAGGCGCGAAAGGUCGUCAUGGACUCGAUGAGGGAGGCUCUGCCCAAGAGUGUCGACGUUGACGUCCACUUCAAUCCCAGCUACAAUCCGUUUCAGCAACGACUCUGCAUGGACAACUGCCAGGUCGUGACUGAUGUGAUCGAGACGGUGACUAAGGAUGGCAUUCUGCUCAAGUCUGGUCAGAAGCUGGAAGCCGACAUCAUCAUCACUGCGACAGGACUUUACUUUCAGCUUUUUAGCGGCGUGAAGCCCCUGGUGGACGGUCAACCCAUCAACCCUGGGUCACAGUACGCGUGGCGGGGCUGCAUGAUCGAGUCUCUCCCCAACAUGGCGUUCGUGAUGGGCUACGUGACAACAUCCUGGACUCCCGGUGCAGACCUGAUGACUAAAAUCGUGACUCGUGUCAUCAAGCAGAUGGAGAAGACGGGCUCGACGAGCGUGAUGCCCGUGAUGGAGGACCGAGAGGGCAAGCCGAAGAACCUGCUCGUCAGCGCGACGAGCAACUACUUCACCAAGGCGGCGGACAGGAUGCCCAAGGUGACGGGCGAGGCGCCAUGGUACGGGCGAGUGAACUUGGGCAUUGACUGGUUGGCAUGGAUGUUUGGUAACGUCACCACGGGGCUGCUUUAUGGCAGUGCUCAGGGUAAGAAGGAUUCAUAG